UUGUGCGCGAGUGUAUGCACGCUGCCCUGGCCUGGGGGGGAGAGCCGAUUGAAGGUGCGCCCAGCUCCUGGAGGGCGGGCGGGCUGGCAGCGCCGUGCUUUGUCGAGCUAAUCCGAAUCAGCGGGGAAAUUUAGGACAAAGGUGAGCAGAUGUUUCUCGUUACCAUGCGGCCGUCUCCAAAGCGCAGCCGGAGCAGCAGGCUCUCCAGGGAGCAAGCCCUGCAUCUCGGGGCUCACGGAGCAGACCCGGCCCCGCACUCACGCUCCCAGCGCUUUCCGUAGCCGGAUCACCGUUGCUAAACGGCAUGUCGCAAGUGAAAAUCAACUGCUUGGAUGCAGAAGAGGGAGAUCGGUGCAGUGGCAAGAGCAUUUCAAGCCAAAGUUGAGCCCUUGCUCCGCCACUGGUUUCCUGUGUGACCAUGGGCAGCUCACUUAACCUGCCUGCCCCUCCGCUCCUGGUCUGUAGCAUUGGGAUCGUAGCAGCGCCUGCAUCAUGGGGAUAACCGCCUCGAAGACAGUGGGACGCUGGAAUGCCACAGUGACAGCGACAAUGUGUUUGCCUGCAAGCCAGCCCAGGGCGUAACUGCACUCCUGCCCUGCUGUGGAAAUACCUGCUGAGCCUCCAGAAGCUUCACCAGGGCAGCUGGAGCCACGUGACGCGUCACCCCAAGGGGAUCGGGACGAAGCCAAGGGAAAUGGGAGGCGGAUCCUGGGGAAUCGCUUCCUGGUGACAAGGCCUGGCGGGAUCUGGAAUUGUGUCCUGUUCCCUGAGUCACAGCCAGUGCUAGGAAACACGCUGCCAGGGGAAGGAGAGCAUGGAUCUGGGCCAGGGAACGGAGAGGCUGCAGGCUCUCUUCUAGGUGUUCCCCUGCAGCGAUUUCCACUCCUCUUCCUCUUCUUUUUCCUUCUGUGUUUUGGAGGAUCUGAUGGCACCGGACCCUUUAUUUGUCACGUGUCUUUGGCUGCCCAGCAUUGUCCUACUUCUCUGGUUUUCUGGGGCCAUCCUUUUUUGCACAGCACCUGUCACACCAGGGUCCUGGUUUAGACCAAGGACCCUGGGCACUACCACGAUUAAAAUAAUAAGCAUCAGAAGUUUCCACGUGCUCAGCAGCUGCCACGCUCUCCUUGCAGCUGUACAGUACUGUCAUGCGUGCUGAAGUGGCCAGGAUUAAUCUGUGCUCGGCUCGAAGCCGAGACUUGCUGGGUUUCGAGUCCAGCCCAUUGAAUUCCACCAAGUCCACGCGCAGCGGGUUGGGGAUGUGCGGCAUUUAUCAUUGCAGCCGAUCCCCUUGCAGGAUGAUCUGGGUGUGCUCCGAGGACUGCGCUAUGCCUUUCCUGUGCUGUGGAUCCACGGCACGGGCCGUUACAUCUUCAGGAGAUCUGCUAGGGUGACCAGAUUGGAUGAGAUGUUGAGCCAGGAGCCCUUUUGCAGCCAGGGGAAAUGAACACAGCUUGGUAGAAUCAGCGGUAUUUUCCCUUUUGCAAGGAAGGGGUUGACAGAUGCUGCCUGAGAGGGGGGACAGGGCAGCGUAGUCAUAGCUGCUGCUGCCCUCCCAGAUCGCCUCCUAUUCUGAUCCUCUCCAAGUGAAGUUCGCAGUAUGGGCAGAGCAGUUCAGACAGCCCAAACUGUUUUGCACUUGGCUGGCGGUGCUUAGUCAAGUCAGGGUCCUGUUUUUCUUUUGGAAAGAUCCGGUGCAAUGGAGUUGCAGCUGUCUCGGGGUUGCGGCUGGGCUGUGUGUAUGUGCACGAGCAUAUUUCAGUGCCUGCUUUUGCUGCUUGGGCCUUUCCCCCCUCUUCCAGCCUCCGCAUCUUGCCUGUUGGCCCCAGCGUGCUCCGGUCAUCUGUCCCGUCCCAGAUGUGGUGCUGGGGAGGAGCUGCAAUUGCCUGAAGGAUUGCAAUCCACAGGUUUGCACAAGUGCAAAGACAAGAGGAGGUGAGGAGGAGGCAUCCCCCAGGGACCCAGCCCUUGCAGUCCAUGUGUUUCUACUGCUGUGGCAGAGACUCAAGCCAUGCGUGGAUGUUUUCAAGUCUGAAGGAGCUGAUAGGUGCCCGUGCAUCUCAGCAGCAGCAGCAGCAGAUGCCCCGCAGCAGCCAAGAAGAGAAGGAUGAAAAAGAGAAGGAAAAGGAGAAGGAGGCUGAGAAGGAGGAAGACAAGCAGGAGUCUGAAAACGACAAAGAAGAACUGACAAAGGAGAAGAAUGACGACACAUCUGGGGAGGAUAACGACGAAAAAGAAGCCGUUGCUUCCAAAGGACGCAAAACUGCCAACAGCCAGGGCCGGCGCAAAGGCCGCAUCACCCGCUCCAUGGCUAACGAGGCCAACAACGAGGAGGCGGCCACCCCACAGCAGAGCGCAGAGCUGGCUUCUUUGGAGAUGAAUGAAAGCUCUCGCUGGACGGAAGAAGAAAUGGAAACUGCUAAAAAAGGUCUCCUUGAACAUGGGCGGAAUUGGUCUGCCAUUGCCAGGAUGGUGGGCUCCAAGACCGUGUCGCAGUGCAAAAACUUCUACUUCAACUACAAGAAAAGACAGAACCUGGACGAGAUCCUACAGCAGCACAAACUAAAAAUGGAGAAAGAGCGCAACGCCAAGAGGAAGAAGAAAAAAGCCCCCGCCGCGCAAAAUGAAGAGGCAGCCUUCACUCCUGCAGCGGAGGACGAGGAGAUGGAGGUAUCGGGGAUAAGCGGCAACGAGGAGGAGAUGGCCGAGGAGGCAGAAGCUGCAGUAAACAACAGCUCGGAUACCGAGAGCAUUCCCUCGCCAAGGCCCGAAGCCAAGGAGAGUGGUGAGAACGGGCCAAAGCCGGCACCCGGGCCCGGGAGCGACUCCAGCACGGAACCAGCCAUCAAGAUGGAGGAGGCUCCUGCCACCACCGCUGCCACUGCAGAUGCCGUUCCUGCGGCUGCCAGCACCCCUCAGCCCCUGGAAACAGUCACUGAGCAGGCCAGCAAUGAGGAGAAGCCACAGGAGGAACUGGUGGUGGACGUGGUGAAAACAGAGGAGCCGGAGGAGAAGCCAAGUGAGGAGCCCUGCAAGAGCGAGAUCAAAAAGGAGGAGAGCGAGGACUGUCAGGAGAAAGACAAGGGGGAGGACAAGAAACCAGAGGGUAGCAGCAGCAAUGGGGGCACUGCAGGAGCAGAGGGGACCCCCAAGGCCGAGAAGAAGGAGAGCCACAAAACGGGUAAAGCCUCCGGGAUCAAUCCGGACAGCGACUCGAGUGCCACCUGCAGCGCGGACGAGAUGGACGAGCAGGAUACCGUGGACAAGAACAGGCUGCUGUCUCCAAGGCCCAGCCUCCUCAACACUGCCAACGACGCGCGGCUGAACUCUUCGCCUCAGAAGCCGUUGGACCUGAAGCAGCUGAAGCAGAGAGCUGCUGCCAUCCCCCCCAUCAUUUCGGAGGGUUUCCCGGAAGGGGUGUUGCAGAGUGGAAGCCUGAAGUCUCAGGUGCCUCCCCACGCUUUGGCCCUGUACCAGCAGCAGAUCACGAAAGCUCACGAGUCCUCCCGGGAGGAAGUGGCCCAGAGCAAGCCGCCCCAGCCACUGCCGCCACAGCAGCAAGCUGAGAAGGAGCCACUGCAGCCCGGCAGCAGCCCCAGAGGGAAGAGCAGGAGUCCUGCCAUUGGUGACAAAGAAGAGAAGCCAGCCCACUUCUCCAUCGCAGAGGGACAGAAGCUGGGUGGGGAGCAGCCUGUAACCUCCUGCUGGCCCCCUGUGCUGUCCUUCCAGAUGCCCUCCAGGGAAGUAAUCAAAACUUCCCCCCAAGCUGAGCCACACCUGUUCCAGUACAACCCUCCAGGGUCCUUCACGCCUUAUAUUUUGUGCGCAGGGCACCCGAUCCCAUUAAACUUACAUGAGAGCUCUCGGCCUGGACUGCAAAGGCUGCCUGCUAUCUCCAACCCUCCCCCUCUCAUCUCAUCCACUAAACACUCCUCAGUGUUGGAGAGGUCCAUUGGCUCCAUUUCCCAGGGGGUGCCCAUUCAGCUCCAUCCUCCGUACAGCUCUGAGCAUGCAAAGGUUCCCAUUGGCUCCAUCACCAUGGGCCUGCCCUUGAUGGAUCCGAAGAAGCUGGUGCCUUUCCCUGGAGUCAAGCAGGAGCAGCUGUCUCCUAGAAGCCAGGCCAACCAGCCUGAGAACCUGGUAAUGCAGACGUCCCAGGAGAGCUCCAUCCUGAGGGGGGCAGCACUGGGCUCAGCCUCUGGAGGGAGCAUCACGAAGGGAAUCCCCACCUCCAGGCCUCCUCCAGAAUCGCCCAUCACAUAUCGAGGCUCCAUCACCCAUGGCACCCCAGCUGAAGUGCUGUACAAAGGAACCAUUACCAGAAUAAUCGGAGAAGACAGCCCCAGCAGAGCGGAGAAAGUGAGAGAGGAUGCCUUGCCCAAAGGACAUGUCAUUUAUGAGGGGAAGAAAGGCCACGUGCUGUCUUAUGAUGGUGGCGUUGCUGCUUCCCAGUGCCCCAAGGAGGACAGCCGGAGUUCUGGUGGCUCCCACGAGACCACAGGUACCAAACGGACCUACGAUAUGAUGGAGGGGAGGAUCGGCCGGGGCUUAUCGGCCCGCGACAUGUCAUCUGCAAGCAUCGAAGGUCUUAUGGGCAGAGCCAUCCCCCCAGACGGUCCCCACAACUUAAAGGAGCAGCAUCAUAUCCGGGGCUCAAUCACACAAGGAAUACCUCGAUCCUAUGUGGAGGCCCAUGAGGACUACCUCAGAAGAGAAGCCAAGCAGCUCAAGAGAGAAAACACUCCGCCAAGGGACUUAUCGGACCCCUACAAGGGGCGGCCUCACGAGGGCCUCACGCCCUUGAAAAUGAAAUCAGCCCACGAGGGGCUGGUGGCCACGGUGAAAGAAGCAGGAAGGUCAAUCCACGAGAUCCCCAGGGAGGAAUUAAGGCGCACGCCUGAUAUCCCCAUAGCCACGAGGCCUCUGAAGGAAGGCUCCAUUACACAGGGUACCCCACUGAAGUACGACAACAAUCCUUCAUCAGUAAGUGCCAAAAAGCAUGACGUCCGCUCCAUUAUCGGUAGCCCAGGGAGGACUUUUCAUUCUGUGCACUCGCUGGACGUCAUGCAGGACCCACGCAAUCUAGAGAGGGCUUGUUACGAGGAGAGCGUGAAAAGCCGGCCCAGUUCGGUGACAAACUCUGGAGGUUCAAUUACCCGGGGAGCCCCGGUGAUUGUGCCCGAGCCUGGAAAGCCUCGCCAUAGCCCUCUCGCCUACGAGGACCACCAGUCAGCCCACGGGACAGCGUUCAGUAGUCACCUGCACAGAGGUUCUCCAGUAUCCACAAGGGAAUCCACCCCAAGGCAGCAUGAAGGGAGUAUCACUUCUGGGAAGCCAGUGUCCCAGGACAGAAAGAUCACCCCCACGCCGAGAGAAAUGUCCAGCUCCAAGUCCCCUCACGCCACCGUCUCGGACCACCACCACCCCAUGUCGCCGUACGAACACUUGCUGCGGGGAGUGAGCGGCGUCGACCUGUACCGGGGACACAUCCCAUUGGCCUUCGACCCUGCCGCGAUCCCCAGGGGAAUCCAACUGGAAGCAGCUGCUGCUUACUACUUGCCCAGGCAUCUUGCUCCGAGCCCAACAUACUCCCACCUCUACCCUCCAUACCUCAUCCGAGGGUACCCAGACACAGCCGCCAUGGAGAACAGGCAGACCAUCAUCAACGACUACAUUACCUCCCAGCAGAUGCACCACAACGCUGCUGCCGCCUCAGCCAUGGUGCAGCGGGCAGACAUGCUGCGCGGACUCUCCCCUCGCGAGCCUUCUCUGGCUCUCAACUAUGCAGCAGGUCCUCGAAGAAUAAUCGACCUGUCUCAAGUGCCACACCUGCCUGUCCUCGUACCACCCACACCUGGCACCUCUGCCCCCCCCAUGGACCGAAUCACCUACAUGCACAGCACCCCGCAAGCUUUCAGCAACCGACACAGCAGCUCCCCGCUCUCCCCAGGAGGCCCCACCCACCUGACCAAGCAGACGGGAGUGUCAGCUUCCGAACGGGAGCGGGAUCGAGAGCGGGAGCGGGAACGCGAGAGGGAGCGGGAGAAAUCCAUGCUCACGGCCACCACAGUGGAGCACGCCCCUAUCUGGAGGCCAGGUACCGAGCAGAGCAGCAGCCGUUCAUCUGCACACUCUCACAGCCACCAGCACUCUCCCGUCUCGCCCCGCACCCACGACACUGUCCAGCAGCGCCCCAGCGUGCUCCACAACACAGGCAUGAAGAUCCUGUCCUCGGACAGCCCCACCCCCUCGGUCCUGCGAUCCUCCUCCACCACUACCACGUCACCGAUACGCUCUGCAGGCUUCCCCCCAGCAUCUGCCUUGCGCUCGCCCAUGGACGGCUACGCAGCCAUGAUGGACCCAUCCACCUUGCAAAAAGAGUCGUCAAGGGCCCGAGAAGCCAAGGUAGAACGCCCUCAGACUGACAACAACUUAUACACCUCAAAACUGCCCAGUGGGACGCACCUAGAACAGUCAUCUUCACCUAUUAAAGCCACGGAGUCUAGGCCCUUACCAGUCUCUGGGCCAGGUUCUUCUCAGCCGUAUAGCAGAGGACAGGGAAAAAACCAGCAGCACCAUCCACCCCUGGAACAGCAGCAUGCAGCUUCGGUCAAUGAGCAGCACAGUAGAGAAAAGAGUCAAAGUAAACCCUUUUCAAUGCAGGAACAGGAGCUCCGAGCACUCGGUAAGACCACCAUGACAGCGGCCAACUUCAUAGAUGUGAUUAUCAUGCGUCAAAUUUCUUGCGAUAAGGGGAAGCGAGAAAGAGGCUCGCUAAAUAACGACUCCACUAGUGAUGGCUUCCACGGAGGCUACAGCCCCGAUGGCAUUGAAGCAGUGAGCCCCGUGAGCUCGCCCAGCAUCUCCCACGAGAAAGGGGCAAAGCUGCUGCAGGACGUGGAGAAAGGGCACGGAGAGCACGACAUGAGGCAGAAGCAGCAAGCUGCUCUGAAGCCCUCGAUGACUGAAGCUCACAUGCAGCACCUGCGCCAGCUGCCUGAAGGUCAGCCAUCCCAGGGGCAGCCGCCACCCUCGGCCCAGAACCUCAAGGGGCAUCAGCGGGUCGUCACCCUGGCUCAGCACAUCAAUGAGGUUAUCACCCAAGACUACACGCGCCAUCACCCUCAGCAGAUCAGCCCCCACAUCCAGCCCCCUGUCUACUCCUUCCCUGGAGCCACAUGCCCCGUGCUGGACCUGCGUCGCACCCCCAGUGAGGCCUAUCUCCCGCUGCCCCAAGAGCACACGCCAGCCUCCAAAAUCGCCCUGCAGAAUGAAGGGGGCAAAAGGUCUCCCGAGCAGAGCAAAGCAUCUGCAGUGGGGGCACCAGACAACGGCAUUGAGCCUGUGUCGCCACCAGACAGCAUGGGAGAGCCAGAGCACAUGAAGAGUGCUUCAUACCCGCUCUUGUAUCGGGAAGGAGAGCCAAUGGAGCAAAGAAUGGGCUCCAAAUCCCCAGGAAACAACACCCAGCCCCCUGCCUUCUUCAGCAAACUGACCGAGAGCAACUCCGCCAUGGUGAAGUCCAAAAAGCAGGAGAUCAUCAAGAAGCUCAGCACGACCAACAAGAGUGAGACGGAGUACAAUGUUGGGCAACCCGGGACAGAGAUUUUCAACAUGCCAGCGAUUACCGGAACAGCGGAGAGGAGCCAGUGGGACUGGGCUUCCCAAAAGGAUCGUCUCUCCAGGGAUUGUCCAGGCUUCAGUUGCAGCCCUGUUGGACCUCUUUCCAUAAAGGCUUGCCUCUUUCCAGCUCAGAUAUGUGUCUCUACAAAUACCAUGAUGCCUACUUCCCCAGGGCUAAUCAGUUGUAGAAGCCAGUCGGUUCAAGAAAAUUCCAGUACCAACAUGGGGUUGGAGGCAAUAAUUAGGAAGGCCCUAAUGGGUAAAUAUGACGAACAGUGGGAAGAGCGCUCGCCUCUCAGUGCCAAUGCCAAUGCUUUUAACUCUCUGAAUGCCAGUGCAAGCGCACCUGCUGCUAUGCCCAUAACUGCUGCUGACGGACGGAAUGAGGACAUGCGCUCUAUGCCAGGAGGAGGAGGGAAGCCAAAGAUGGCUGCCAGACCGAACAGCCGCAAGGCCAAGUCUCCAGCGCCGGGCCUGUCCUCCGGAGAGAGGCCGCCGUCUGUUUCUUCCGUUCAUUCUGAGGGGGACUGUAACAGGAGGACACCUCUAACCAAUCGGGUCUGGGAGGACAGGCCUUCAUCCACAGGUUCAACGCCAUUUCCAUACAACCCACUAACAAUGAGGCUUCCAACUGGCGUGGUGACAGCCACGCCGCCAACAUCCAUUCCACAAGGGAACCCCAACAGCCAGCACCACACCUGGGAGGAAGAGCCCAAGCCCCUGCUCUGCUCACAGUACGAGACACUUUCAGACAGUGAAUGAAAGAGAGCGGAGGAAUAACAGCCAACCAAGCAACCAACCACGUGGGUAAGCAAGCUGGCCAGGGUGAACUCUGACCAUAUCAGUCCUGGGAGCCAUCCGCACUGACCCUGCAAGCCAAGAAGCGGGAGCAGCGCUUUGUCCAGUCACUCAAUUUUAUUUUAUUUGUUCUCACGCCUGGAAAUUUCUGAAUCAUCUUCAGUCUAAAGCCUUAAUAAGACAGACAGAUGGACCCCAGCCUCGUUCUCUUUCCAGUACCAGUGUCGUCAUGAAAUGGUCCAUGAGCUUGAGACACAGUCCACAAACAGCUGAUUGGGAUGAUGGUGGCAGGGGAGGGAGUGGGACGGCUGCGCCCUGCCCUAGAGCAGCUCUGUAGGAUACAAUCGAUCACUGAAUUCUCAGUGGUUUACUCAGGGGAUACCACCCAGUGCUCCAGUUGUGUUCUUUCGCUUUGAUGAGAACAAGGAAAGCCCCAUUGUUCUUGGGAGCACAGUACGUGUGCUUGGGCAUGUGUGCACGCACGCAUAUACCAUAUGCAUGUGUGUACACCCAUGGAGCGUAUGCUCUGCCUGCACACUCAUGCUGCCUGCUAUUCAGUACUUGAAGUAGGAUCCGACUCCCCUUCCCCAACCUCCAAGCCAUUCCAAGGGUUUCCCAGCACACAGGCUGUGUCACUGAAAUACGUAAUCUUUUGUGGCAGGGUGGAGGGAAAUGAAAUUUUGAGAAAUUUCCUACUUCUCUUGCUGAUUUGGAUGGUCUUCAUGCACCUUCGGCAUGAGGUUUACUUGCCCAGCAGCACUUUCGACUCAUCGGGCACCGGAAAGUUGUAAACGAAUGCACGGUGCUGGAAGGGGAUGGGGAGAGUGAGUCGAGGAUCCAUUUAAAAAUUCCUUUGGAGAACGAAAUCUUGGGUUCGGAUUGUAAUGGAAAGAGAUUUCCCAUGUCAUGAUGCGCUCUCUGCAGAAGGGACUUGUUGCUUUAAGUGCAUUGUUUUCUGAAUGGCAAGAAAAGGCAAUUGUAAAUGAUGUAUUGGUCUACAGGGUAUAUUUUUGAUACCUUCAGUGAAUUAUGUCAAGAUGUUUUACGAAAGGACUUGAAACAGUAUUACGUGCUGUAAAAGAGGUUCUGUUAUUACGUGCAGGCUUUGAUGAGUUUGUCCAUUGUAUGGAAAUGUAAAAUGGUAACAUUGAUCCGUCAAAGUCAUCCAUAAGUCAGUAGAAUGUAUUAACUUAGUUUUAAAAAGAUAUUGCCACAACUGUAGGGACUCCUCAUUAUUACACAUGCUGUUCCUAAUGCAAGAGGGAUCUUAUUCUAGUCACAGAGGUUUAUUCUCCAGCUUGGAGAUCUCAAGAGAGCCUUGCAGGAGAUCCCGGCAGUAGGGGAGGUUGAGGGUGGGCCUGAAGUCAGGAGGGAACUCACAAGAAACUUAAAGAUGGUUUUUAUUGUAUUUUUCUGAGUGCUCUACGUUAUUUUUCAUUCCAUGAUGUUGGAUCAUAUCUGCAGUUACAUGGUUAAAGAACAAAAAUAUUAGACUUUUUUCAUUCACUUCUGCUCUCUUGCUCUGGGGGGAAAAAAGGCACAAAAAAAAAUGUAUUAAAUGCUUUGCGUUCUAUAUGCUAAAGGAAAAAAGACCAGGACACAGACUUUCUGCCUCUUCCGUUGCCUGCUGAAACAAACACCUGCAGUGUUACAAAAUCGUUCUCAUUUGAUAAGAGCUUGUCAAAGAAAGAGGAUCAUAUCGUCAAACUAUCAAUGGUUAUUUUUUUCCCCUACAGUGUUCCAAGGACGAAUCUGAUUUCAAAGCAACAGAAAGAUAAGAUGGCGUUUGUUGUUUGGGUUUGGUUAUAUUUUUCUUGUCUGUUUUCUACAAUGUACAGGUGUUUUUUUUAAUGUUCAUCCAUGUUUGCGUCUUUUCUGUUGCACUUUCUUUUUUUAAACGCACAAAACAUUUCCAGUGGUUUUGGUUCCCCAGCGCUACUUCGAGUGACGGCGCUCUGUAGCUCAGAAGUAGAGUUGAUAAAGCUGACAUUCUUGAUAAAGAAACAGGGAAUUUUACUGGGUAAAAUCCAAAUCCAUCCACCCACCUGCCUUUCUCCUAACUCCUUUAUUUUUAAAUACACCAUCAUAAAGGCAUGUAGCCAGGUGCAGCAUCUGGGAUAGAACUGGUUAAAAAAAUGUCGCAGUUUGCCAGUGAGAAAUGGACAGGCAUACUCACCAAAAACCUAUCCUGUUUCUUGACCUGGCUUUAUUGCCCGGUGAAGAAGUAUUUUGGAGUUAGAUGUAUUUUUAUAAGGAAAAAACAAAAGUACAGGCUUCUCUCGAGGAAUAUUCCCCUUUCUUUUGACCAGCCCUAGUCUUGGACAUUUCCUUGUAGCUUUUCUUUCUCUUUGCAUGAGGGAUUCAGGCUUUGUCAGCCUGUGUUGGAUUGGACUUCAGCUGUACACUGGCCGCUUGUGCCAACUAGGAGAGAGAAGCGGGUCUCCAAACGUGGAACUUUGCUCAGCAGGUUACACGUGCAGCUCGAGCUCCCCGCUGGGAUGUCCGCACAGAGACUUUCCAAUGCCUCCAGGAUCCGGCCUUGCAGUGCCAGCAGGGGAGGCCUUCUGCUUCAGACCUAGCGCUAAGACAGGAGGAGGAACUGGGCUUCUCUGCCUGGAGAGAGCCGGUUCCAGGAGGCAGCAAUUGGGAAGGGACAAAUGAGGGGUAUGCUGUAAUCGGGGCGCUUCAACGGGGUCCUAAGGGAUGAGGCACUCAGCUAACAUUGGUUUUCCAUGGAAGCUGGGCACGUAAGCCCUUCAGGGUUUGUACAUCUCAGCCAGCCUUUCUGGCAGAAGCCGCCCUCCUCUUUCCCUCCCGCAGCAGACAUGCCGAUAAUAGAUUGCUCGAUGGAAAGCAAAUGGUGAGACCCAACGUGUGGCUUCCUCCCUUUGGCCCUGCUCCCUUGCCACACACACUCUUCAAGGCCUUAUGCGCAGUUAUCCAUGUCCAAGGGAAAAAAACUUUAGGCAUGGCUAACUUGCUAUCUCUGACGGCUGCAUCCUCAAGCACAUUGAGUUAGCUCUUUCAACCCAAGUGGUGCAGCCACAGUUGUGGGCAGGCUCAUUAGCCUGGGGGCCGGCUGAUUAACAUCGCCACUCUAAGUGUUUAAUUAGCUCCCUGCAAAGGUGGCUACUUGACUAGGCAGCCUAUGCAGAGCAGCUCAGGACACUUGAGGACAGCGCUGCCAGGAACGAUGCACAUGCCACAUAGAUAUUCCCAUAGUCAUCAAAGUAGAAGGUCUGGGCCCGAUUUCAGGGGCUCUUCUGUCAACAAGAAGAAGGGAACGUUUGCCAAGCAGAGGGUUAAAAGACAACAUGGCAGGGACUGAGGGGACAGGCAACUUAAUUUUGGUCCAUGUGAAUGUGCAAUGCCUUUAUCACCUCUUUGCAGUUAUUCUUGACAAGCUGGGUAACUGUGAUCCUGUGCAUCCAGCCCUGUUAUGCUAAAAAGAGAAAGGGAAAAUAUCUCAUAUGAGGAGGGAGACCCUAGAAAAUCCUCCCUUCUGGUGCAGUUGGCAAUUCCCAGCAGCAAGCUUUGGCCACCUCCACCAUAGCCGCUUGUCCAUGCAAGAGUUCAUACGUUGCAUCUCCUUGAAAUGAAGAUUUUGGAGGGAGGUGCAGCCCCUUCCCUAUUCGGCACUGGCCAUCAUUGACUUUGGGCCAUUUGACAAGUGAAAUGGCACCAGAAGUCCAAGACCUUUGGAAGCAGAGUAAGCCUUUCUUUCAAAGCCUUAAGUACGUGGUAAGUCUUCAGUCGUUGGUCUUUCUUUUUCCCAGCAUUUACUGCAUGCCAAGUGAUGAGUCGCGUUGCAGCUUCACCAACCUGUAUACAUUUGCCGGGGCUGGGAGGCAAGCUCACUGCAUCGCGUACGAACAGCCCUGGGAUUAUUUCAAAUGAAAGCCAAGCAGCAACAAAAAAGAAAAAAAAAACAAGACCCUGGGUGAGGAUGUUUAAAAAAAAAAAUCUUUGAGCAUUUGUGCAACUGUUCUCGUUCUUUUGGGUUUUGUAAAUCAGUGCUCAUCUUCUAUGGAUGGAUAUCCAGGACAUGUUGCAUUUAUACUGGACAAGGGAAGCCACAAAUGGUUAGGCGUACACACUCAUUGCAAGGGAUGGAGGCCAAAUAUCCUAGGGCAAGCUAGCCCACUGCUCGGAGGGGUGGAAGGAUUUGCCAGUAGCCUUUCAGAUUCAAGCUUACUGUCCCGUUCUCCUCCAGAUACAAGAAUUUCCUUGUUUGAUUAGUGCUGAGGCCAAACUGGCCCAGCUAGAGACUGAAAUAUUUUACCUGCACAAGAGGAACAGUGUGUAGACCCUGCUACCCAGGUCUGAGGAGGUGCCCGCCAAGGGAAAGAGGCAUCCUCAGGCCAUUCAGUGUGCAGAGAAGUUCAAUAUGUGCCAGCUGGGGAAGGGGCUUCUGCCAUCAAAGUUGGGAAAGGGGCUUCAUCUGCUGGGAACUGAACAGCGUUCAGUCCUGCCCCAGUCCUUGCAGGAAACUGAAAUGAGAAAUCUGUGUUCAGUCAGAAGGGAUGUCUGUAUUAAACCGCUAAGUAUGUGACAGUGCCUCUUUUCUUAACCAUAGCAAGCAGCUGGGCUGGGGACUUGCACGGGUUCCACGAAACGGGGCCCAGCGCUCAAAGGAAGUCAUGUUUCAUGAUGUACACUGCCACUGCUCUGCCUAGCAGAUCAUGCAGAAUGAGGAGAAAUCAAAACCUCAGUACCCCCACAGUCCCGCGGCAGACCUGAAAGCCAGCAGGCACAUCUCACAUCUACAGGCGGCCUUUCACAGGCCAGUUGGAGGAAGGCAGCAGGGUCUCCAGUGCUCCCCAUCUCAGCCUUGUUCUGCGACAGUCUGGUUUGAUUGUUCUGGCCAAAGCGGGUGUCUGGUCCCGUUGUUUUUUGGAAGGCAGCAAAUGUUUUUCAUAGCAAAAAAUGCCCCUUACCCAGGACCCGCCCUGGGUGUCAUGCCCUGGGUGCUGCACUCCAGCCUCACCCCACCCACCCGCCUCCAGGAAAUACUUCACUAAAGGCCAAAACCAAAAGCUUGUUGCGUUACAAGAAACAACUGAAAAAACCUCCAGUAGCCGCACGUGCCUACAACGAUACCGCGCGCCCGUUGUGCGAGGAACAUACGGCACCACGGAGCCUAGCAGAGCCGGGCUUGCUUGCUUUGAGGCGGGUGGGUAGAAACACGUGCGCUCUGGGUAACUGCAGCUCAUGGUAACUCCAUGCAAUGCUUUAUUUUAGCAAUCCUAACCUAGCAAAGUUAGCGGUGAAACUUCCACUUCCUCAGACUUCCUCGGACAUUGGGUCACGUCCCGUCUCAUUCGCAUGAUAUUUGGCCAACAGGGCACCAAAUGGACUCAGUGAGGUGGGGAUGGACCUGAGCUAGAUCUUGUCCAAAACAGGCUGUUUUCUCUUAAACCUGUCAGUAUGGGGGAGGGAUCAGAAUGCCCGCUGAGUGCUUACAUGCAUUUGAUUCGAGUUCCUGCCCUCGGGCCAGCUUGCCUCCUGGUGUAAUGAAUUAAUGGAAAUCAAAAUAUUGUUGACUGUCCUGCAUGAGCAAGUGAAGGGUCUCUGGGAUCGGGCAACAUGGAAAAGAAGGGUGCCGCAGUAAGUUACUGGAGCAUAUUGCAGUCCCUUUCCUCGUGCGGCCCCUGUAGUGGCGGGACGCUGUAUUUCCAUGUUAUAGGAUGAGGGGGCGGUUGCACAAAGUUCAAGCAAGCAGCUAUUGCAUUCCCUGGGAUUUCAGCGCGAGACCCUCCCUCCCUACUUUAAUCCUCCCUCAGUCUCAUCCUCAGUGCUCCUCCUGGCACAAGGGACUGAUCCUUUAUAAAAAGGCUUUAUGCAAAGUCAGUAGUUCACCCCAUAGCUUUGCAGGGUGUUCUGUAUUGCAGCCCUUGACGAGGGUUGGGUUUUGCUAAGGAUAGCUAAUGUCUCUGGCUGUGAGACAUUUGCACUGGGCCUUGGGAGUACAGCGCGCAUGAGAGACAGUGGAAUUGCUCCAGUCAUUUCUUGUGGUGUCCACCUGACGUGUUCUUGCUCGUCCACACCGGUGUCUUUGAGUCCAGGGGAAUGGCAUGCUCUCCCGUGUCUGUGAAUAAGGCUUCAUGUACAUUCCACAACAGGAUUUCAGAACGCCUUCAAAGGCGGCACUUCCGUGUGCCCAGAUAUACUGUACAUUCUCCGUGUGUGUGUGUGUGUGUGUGCCCAAAUAUACUGUACAUUGUGUGUGUGUGCCUACGUGUGCAUGCGUACAUGCUCUCCCAGGUUCUGUGUAUGCAUCUCUCUCCAUAUCCAUGUGCAUUUGGAAAUACACGCCUGCACACCCAUUUCACAUGUGCCUCCACUGAUGCAGUGGCGCUUACCCAUGCACGUACUGAUCCGACAUGCAGGAUUUUGACACAUCAGCUGCAUUACAGCCUGCCCAAAUUUCAACUCGCAAAUCCGUUGACUGCCGCUUCCAUACAAGAUGAGCACUGAGCGCUGUCUGUGAUAGCUUAAAGGAAAGACAUCCUUCAUACUAAACUGUCCGCAUAAUCUGUCGGUUUUUAGUGACAUGUCUUUGUGCUACCUGCUAUGAUUUCUAUUGAUCGUGCAAUCAACAAUGGAAGUUAUGUUAAACUGUUUAAAGAGGAAAAACAAGACAAAACAACCAAGAGUUUGAAGUUAGUGUUAGCAACUUUGUAAUUUGUACAAACAAAACAAAAAGAUAAAUGGACAAUUUAUUGUUUGAACAGUACAAGGGGGGAAAAUCUAUCUUUUGUACAACCAAAUUGUGCAUAGCUGUUUUGAAGUGAGAUGUAUGAUAGAACGGACUGUAUAUAGAACUGACGAGUUGUAAAUAUUUAUGCAGCUUGCUAUAAAGGGUUGGUUUUCUUCUACUGAA